AUGUCGAAGAGUGGUCGCGGAGACGAUUCUGAGGUCCGGUUGAAACAGCAAGAGAUCGAGCAGAAACGCGCGCGAGGCGCGAUAUCCUGCGCUGAAUGCCGGCGUCUGAAGCUUAAAUGUGACAAGAGCGUACCUUGUGGAUCGUGCAGGCGCAGAGGAUGCGAGUCCAUAUGCCCUAAGUAUACUGAUCGUGCUCGCAGCUUUGUACUGGCCGAUACAGAUCGGUUGCACAAGAAGAUGGCAGACAUGAGCGAACGCAUCAGGCAACUUGAAGACGCACUCUCAAUCGCGCAGUCGUCUUUGAGCCAUGAACCGCAUCCAUUGCUUUCAGCGGACAAGAUGAAAAUCAAAUCGAACCUGGAAAUGCACGCUGCUGUCAACGAAGAUAACGACGCAGGUUUCGGUCCGAACGGGCAGAACGAAAGUGAUACCGACUAUAUCGAUGCUUUCGGGACUUUGGCCGUGCAUGAAGACGGCGGGUCAACAUUCUACGGCCGUUCAGCUGGUUCAGAGGGAACUGAAGAUGGACCGCCUACGCCCCUCGCCUCAGCAUCGAGGGAUGCCGCUACCAUACUCCCUCCAGACAUCGCACACUACUCCUCUUCCCUCCCUCUUGCCCUUGGACCGCUACCGCCAAUGAGCUUCCAGGACAUGAUUCGGCGUUAUCUACCGCACUGGGAACGUGCUAGAGAGCUGGCCGACAUUUACGAGGAAUACGAAAUAUGGUUUUUCCAGGCUGUCACCCGUCGUCAAUUGGAAGAGCAACUGCUGCCAAUGUUCUAUGUCGAGGCUCCUCGCUCGACUACCUCUCUUCCGAGACCGGGUCCGCAUGAUCUUUGUUCACAAAGGGCCGUGGUGUUUGUGGUUUUUUGUCUCGGAGCCAUCUUCGACAGAAACCGCCCAGCCCCUCCGGAGAGGAACGCCGAGUCCGAACUGUAUUAUCAUCUCAGUCGGGCUGCAUUAAACUUACAGCCUAUACUCGAGCAUCCCUCGUCGUUGUCGACCGUCCAAACGUUCUCCACCCUGGCGAUAUAUCAAGCCCUCACCUGCGACGACAAUGCCAUAGAGGGCCUCUGGGCAAACAUGGGCUUGGCUACGAAGCUCGCACAGAGCGUGAAUCGGGAUUGCGCGAGAUGGGGCCUCUCGAACCUCGAAAUACACGCACGCCGAUGCUUGUUCUGGGAAGUGUGUACCACUGACUGCUGGGUUAGUCUGGCGACCGGACGAAUACAAUCAUUCCCAAUAGCCCACGUCGACUGCGAGCUAGCACUUGACCCGGACCAGACCCUUUCUGAAGAUGGACAAGUCCAGUCCAGUCUACCGGCUUGGAAAGCCCGCUUUGGAGCGAAGUGUUUAUCUGUUCUCGCGGCAUCACUCACGGCAAAGGUCCCUAAAUACAGCACCAUCUUGGAUAUCGAUCGUCAAUUUCGAGAUAUGGAACUCCCCCACUUUGCUCAAGGCGGAGUUCCACAGAAUGUCGGGUUGAGUGCGACCAUGCAGUACUUCAUGCCACAAAACUAUACGCGGUAUGCCAUGAUGUACCUCCAUCGUGUGUUCUUUGCCCAAGCACUUGUAGACCGGACCGGAGAUCCGCUGAAAAGCCCAUACGCGCCGUCUUUUCUUGCCGGAUAUCGCGCAGCAUGCGAAACUGUCAGCCUGCUUAGGCAGCAGUUCGAUCUCUUUCCUUUGGAAUUGGCCAGGGUAUGGGUGCUUUGGACACAUGCAUUCAGCGCUACGUUGAGUACUGCCAUACUUCGUCUCGUAUUUAUGAUCACGUCGGUUGUCACACAUGCAUCAAGGUCCAAAGUUGCUCAAUCAGCUCUUGAGGAGAUGGACAAAGCCCGUGCUCUCUUUGAGGAUGCUGCCCGGAUUGGUGGUCGCGCGGUCAAGUUUGUGCCUAAAGUCCGGCACUUCUUUGAGAAAGCUCACCAAGCAUUUUACGCAAGUCAAGGGCAGGACGUUCGCAGACCGGAUAUUUUCUCACCGCGUGGCGCCGAUGAAGACAAGGAAAAACUUCACAUCUUCUUAGGAAGGACGAACAAGGUUUCCACGAAGUCGGCGAGCUCA